GUGAUUCAUCGUGAUAUGUCUCCAAAUCUAAACAAAAGGAACGACCCCUCAAAACACGACAGCUACCGAUGUACAACACUGGUGGAUGAAGUGAAAGGAAUCCUACGAGGGACGACUGAAGCACUGGAGCUGACAGCCUGGACAGAGGAACAGGUAAUGGUGAGAAAAGAUGUCAGAGCAAAGGCAACGUUCCCUGUCCACCUCAGGAGAGGCCCUCUAUCUGGUCCUGGGCCUCGACAAGACCUGUACACAGGAUGACAUCAAGAAGUCCUACAGAAAACAUGCUUUGAAAUAUCAUCCAGACAAGAACCCAGAGAACCCGAACGCCACAGAUAAAUUCAAGGAGCUCAACAAUGCCCACUCCGUGCUGUCAGAUGCCUCCAAGAGGAACAUCUACGACAGCUAUGGCUCCCUCGGUCUGUACGUGGCACAGCAGUUUGGAGAGGAGAACGUCAAUGCUUAUUUCAUGCUCUCCAGUUGGUGGGCAAAGGGUCUGUUUGCCGUCUGCGGGGUGCUAACAGGCUGCUACUUCUGCUGCUGCCUGUGCUGCUGUUUCAACUGCUGCUGUGGGAAGUGUAAACCCAAAACUCCUGGAGAGGAGGACCCCGACAGCUACGUGUCCCCUGAAGACCUCGAGGAGCAGAUCCGCACAGACAUGGAGACAGAUGCUGACGACGUCCCCAUAAUACAGCAGCCAACCAAUGCAAGCGAGAGGACCGGGUUGAUUGGUGACGGACGACGGGCCUAUACCUAACACAACUGAGAAGAAAGAUCGGAGGACUGGUGAUGUCAUAGGGAUUCCAGAACUGGCUUUAAAUACGUGUAUUUGAGUAUUUGUUAUUUGAAUACUUAUUUUCAAUGUAUUUUAGUAUUUUCAAAUAAUGUGGCCCGAAUCAACUACAACUAAGUAUUUGAAAGUGUUUUCAAAUAAUUUCCUAUAAAUAGCCUACUAUUUAACUUGUUUCAAAAACUAUUUUGAAAUACCUGGGUUAAAUGCAUGGGAGUGUAUUUGAGUCAUUUUAUUUCAGUAUUUUCAAAUACAUUCCAAUAUUCAACUACUUGUCUUUUCAAAUAAAACAUAUCUACUUACUUCCAAAUGUAUUUGAAAGUAAUUUAAAUACCCUAAAUAGUAUUUGAACCCAAGUCUGAGGGGAUUCAUUCCUUGACCUGGUAGAUCCCAAAAGGGUUCCAAUUACAUUCCACCCCUUGACUACACUUUGUAAAUUCUGAAUGAGUGUUAGUUUGUGUGCAUUGUGUUUUGUGUUUGUUUAUUAUUUAUUCUGAACAAAAUACAAAGUAUCCCUAGAAUUGUGCAGUUCCAAGUUUGGGCGGUAGCCUAGUGGUUAGAGCGUUGGACUUGUAACUGAAAGGCAAGUUCGAAUCCCCGAGUUGAUAGGCAGUUAACCCACUGUUCCUAGGCCGUCAUUAAAAAUAAGAAUUUGUUCUUAACUGACCUGCCUAGUUAAGUAAAGGUAAAAAUAACAAAGUGUGGUUGUGAAAGAAUUGAGAGAUGUCUCUAUUUUGUCAUGUGAGCAAUAAAGACUGCCCUUUUUGAAAUGUUA